GUUUUUGUAUUUAGUUUAUUUAAAUUAGCUUGCUGCAAAAAUGGCACCUAUGAAAAUGGCCAGACGGCCCACCGGCAAGAAGGCUCAGUUCCAAGACAAGGAAAAGCCGACUCAGAUCCGUGAGAGCAAUAUUCAAGCUGCUAAAGCCGUUGCUGACUCUGUUAGAACCAGUUUGGGACCAAAAGGCAUGGAUAAAAUGAUCCAGGACGAAAAGGGUGAUGUUACAAUUACUAAUGAUGGAGCUACUAUUCUCAAGCAGAUGAAAGUGCUUCACCCAGCCGCCAGAAUGUUGGUUGAAUUGUCUAAAGCCCAGGAUGUAGAAGCAGGAGAUGGCACAACUUCAGUUGUCGUUAUUGCUGGAAGUCUUUUAAAUGCGGCAUCGAAACUUCUUGGCAGAGGUAUCCACCCCACUGUCAUUUCAGACGCAUUUCAGAAAUGUUCAGCAAAAGCUGUAGAAGUUUUAACCAACAUGGCAAAGCCAAUAGAGCUUAGUGACAGAUCUCUUUUGCUAACAAGUGCAAACACUUCUUUGAAUUCAAAGGUUGUUUCACAGUAUGCUGGCAUUCUGGGACCAAUGUCUGUUGAUGCAGUGCUGAAGGUUGUUGAUUCUUCAAACCCAAACAACGUUGAUCUUCGCAAUAUUCGUGUGAUUCCAAAGCUAGGUGGUACUGUGGAAGACACAGAAAUGAUUGAUGGACUGAUCUUGAGUCAGAAGACCGCAUCCGGAGCUGGAGGCGGACUUCGUCGCGUGGAGAAAGCUAAAAUUGGACUCAUUCAAUUCUGUCUAUCUCCCCCCAAGACAGAUAUGGAGAAUCAAGUUAUUUUGUCUGAUUACACUCAAAUGGAUCGCGUUCUUCGUGAAGAACGGCAGUAUACUCUCAAUCUGGUAAAGCAGAUCAAGAAGGCUGGAUGCAAUGUUCUGUUCAUCCAGAAAUCGAUCCUCCGUGAUGCUCUCAGUGAUCUUGCUCUUCAUUUUCUUAACAAGAUGAAGAUUCUUGUAGUGAAAGAUGUAGAGAGGGAAGAUAUUGAGUUUGUGUGUAAGAGCACCGGCUGCAAACCUAUUGCAAGUAUUGAUCACUUCACAUCUGAGAUGUUGGCUUCAGCUGAGUUGGUUGAAGAAGUCAAUGUUGGAACUGGAAGAAUUGUGAAGGUAACUGGUUGCAGUGCCGCCAGUAACACAGUUUCAAUUCUUGUUCGUGGGUCAAACAAACUUGUUCUUCAUGAAGCUGAACGUUCAAUCCAUGAUGCUCUAUGCGUCAUCAGAUGUUUGGUAAAGAAGAGGUUUAUCAUUGCAGGAGGUGGGGCACCUGAGACAGAACUUGCUGUGCAGCUGCUUCAAUAUGCACAGACACUUAGUGGGAUGGAGGCUUAUUGCUUCCAGGCUUAUGCUGAAGCUUUAGAGGUUGUCCCUUACACUCUGUCUGAGAAUGCUGGUCUUAACCCAAUUGCUACGGUUACUGAGUUACGUAAUCGUCAUGCUAACGGUGACAGCGGAUGUGGAAUCAAUGUAAGAAGAGGAGGAAUCUCUGACAUGGCUCAGGAGAAUGUUCUCCAACCUCUUCUGGUCUCCACCAGCGCCAUAGAGCUUGCUACGGAGACGGUCCGCAGCAUCCUGAAGAUUGAUGACAUCGUCAAUACACGAGGCCAUUGAAAAGUGAAACAGUCGCAUUAGCAUGGAGUAACCAAGUUUGUUUUUUGUAGCAUGAACUGGUCGUUACGUAAAUCAAGUUCAAUAAAACUUUAUAUAAAAGCAAAAAGAAGGAAAAUUGUUUAGCCGGACAAUGUAAUAUAUUGCAUUAUUUCACAUUCGAAUACAGCCCAUUGUUGUUUUCUGUUUAUGUAACACAAUUGUCUGAACCCACACAUGUAUUAUUAGAAUUUGUUUAUUUUUUGUAUGAGGUAGGGCUUCUAGUAUUAUAGCGUUCUUGUG